AUGGUGGUCGCUACUAUCAAGUGUGUUGUCGUCGGCGACGGUGCGGUCGGAAAGACGUGUCUCCUCAUCAGCUACACGACGAACAAGUUCCCCUCCGAAUAUGUCCCGACUGUUUUCGAUAACUAUGCCGUCACUGUUAUGAUCGGUGACGAGCCUUACACUCUAGGAUUAUUUGAUACCGCCGGUCAGGAAGAUUACGAUAGGCUUCGCCCUCUAUCGUACCCCCAAACCGACGUCUUCCUCGUCUGCUUCAGUGUCACAUCACCCGCCUCGUUCGAAAACGUCCGCGAGAAGUGGUUCCCUGAGGUACAUCACCACUGCCCCGGCGUCCCCUGCCUGAUCGUCGGCACCCAGGUGGAUUUGCGCGAGGACCCCAGCGUUCGCGAGAAGCUUUCUAAGCAAAAGAUGUCUCCCGUACGGAAAGAGGAUGGCGAGCGGAUGGCAAAGGACUUGGGUGCCGUCAAGUACGUCGAGUGCAGUGCUCUGACGCAGUACAAACUGAAGGAUGUAUUUGACGAGGCGAUCGUUGCGGCUCUGGAGCCUCCUGCCCCGAAGAAGAAAUCACACAAGUGUCUUAUCCUCUGA